UCCCUCCCUCCCUGGCUCAGGAGCUCGGGGUUUUGCGCUAGCGAGAGAUGAAAUGUGCUGUGCUUGAAUUGUAUUCGAGGUUUUAAUCGAGGCGUAUCUUUAUUUUUUUUUUAUUCUGGUCGACGCGCACAGGGAACGUGAACGCAAACACGUUCAUGCGUUUUUUUUUAAGACGCGCCGGAUUAAAUGUUGAAAUCAAUGUUUUAAAGUUGCACACACUUAGUCGCUCGACUGCGGAAGGGCCUGUGUGUGUGUGUGUGUGUGUGUGUGGAGAGUUUGUUUCUCCUCUUCCCCUCCCCCAUCAAUUACUGUGCUUGUGGAGACUCCGAGGCCAAAGACAUGAAUGCAGUGAAUGUGGGUCUCACUUCAAAGCGACUGGGAGCUGGGAGGGGAGCGCAGGGAGUGCUGUAAUGUCGUCGGGGAACAGAGCAACAAAGUAUCGGGAGUCUUUUAAGGAAAUAAAAUAAUAAUAGUAAUAACCCUCCUACCACCAGACGCACUGUGUGUCUGUCUGUAUCUCACUCGCUCUGGAGCUGGAGUCGUGUUUUCAUAUUAACGCGUCCGCGUUCACGUCACUUUACACGCGAAACAAGAAUCCAAAAAAGAAUCAUAUCAAGUUAACGAGCUAGCUAGCUAACCGUGUUAGCCGGUUAGCCACAUUAGCAGCCUCGGCUAAGAGCUCGAAUGCUUGUAGUAGUUUGAGAGAUAGCAAGCUGGUCUGUUUUUUCCAUUUCCCCCUUUUCUUUCUUUAAAAAAAAUAAAUGAUAAUAAAAAAAAAAUAAUAAACCCGCGUUACCCAAGCUAUAACCAACAGAACCGUUGAAAUAACUCCUGAGAUGAAGCUAGCUUGUUUUGUUUGUUGCUAAUUUAGCUAGCAGUCUGGCUAGUUUCGCACCUGAAAUUCAAACACGUAUUGUUUGGACAGUUAUAAUACUAUAAUCUAACCGUCCACCUUAAAUUUCUAUAUGAAUACUGUACAACAGAUAGAAAAAAUAUUAUAAUAAUAACACGCCAUUUUGUUGGGAUUCUGGUGCUCUGUGUGUAAGGCUAGUUCAUUUGAAGCUUUUUUUUUUGGUCCCAGGAAGUUUUAUUCUCUGCCUUGAUAUGAUCAGGUCUUCUCAGCUUGCAGGUAGUGCUGCAGUAGUUUUGAAAAGUGGUAGAUCUUGAAAGGAAAGGAAAGUGUACCUAGUAGUUGCAUAUCAGAUAGAGCUCUUUGAACCCAAGCUUCAGAGAUCAGAUACGGAUCUAACCAUCGUGAGGUGUCUGAAGACUGGUUUAAAACUUCAAAUAGUCUUUUUUUUUUGUUGUUUUACAAAGCAAGGAGCAACUUCAGGAUGAUCACAAUUGGAGCAGUUUAUGACAAGGAACUUAAGGAGUGUCAGUGUGUGUGAUUUCUCUGUAUCUAAUCUUCCCCAAGUGUAACAGUUUUGAUAUAAGAACACCACUUCUUUGAGGUGUGAACCUUAAAUAACUACAUCUGUAAUCUAGACUAUCGCUCACACAUUGUUGUGUUCUGAUUGGUCUGGAUGUUGCCACGUUACACAAAAAAGGUAAUCCCUGUUUACAGGCUGCUGGAGACAAGAAACCGGGUUCAAGGAGGAAUUAUUUCACAGUGGCAUUAGAGGAAGUCUGGAUCUGAUCGUUCCGGAGCGUGGGCUGAGCUGGGAACGGGUGGUGCGUGGACGUAGUAAGGAUGAGUGUGAAAGAGAAGGCUUACCUGGCGGACAUUGGGGGCAGCUUCACUGAGGAUGCGCCCCGUCCCCCGGUCCCGGGUGAGGAGGGUGAGCUGGUGUCUGGUGAUGUGCGCCCGUACAGCUUGGGCUUCUACUCCAUCAAGAGCGAGAGCCUAAGGUGUGAGGCCUCCAUAGCCACGCCGAGACGACCCGACCUGGACCUGGGCUAUGAGCCCGAGGGCAGCGCGUCACCCACACCACCCUAUCUGAAAUGGGCAGAGUCGCUGCAUUCACUGCUGGACGACCAGGAUGGAAUCCACUUGUUUCGCACCUUCCUCAAGCAGGAGGACUGCGCCGACGUGCUGGAUUUCUGGUUCGCCUGCAGCGGCUUCCGUAAGCAGGACAACGGUGAGGGGAACGAGGAGAAGAAGCUGAAGCUGGCCAAGGCCAUCUACAAGAAGUACAUCCUGGACAGCAACGGGAUUGUGUCGCGCCAGAUCAAGCCGGCCACCAAGAGCUUCAUCAAGGACUGUGUAAUGAAGCUGCACAUCGAUCCCGCCAUGUUCGACCAGGCCCAGACGGAGAUUCAGGCCGUGAUGGAGGAGAACACGUAUCCUUUGUUCCUCAAAUCUGACAUUUAUUUGGAAUACACCAGGACAGGCGGUGAGAGCCCCAAGCUGUACAGCGAUCAAAGCUCGGUAUCGGGGAACGGCAAGGUGCUACCCGGAUACUUACCGACGCUGAACGAGGAUGAAGAGUGGAGGUGCGAGCAAGAGACAGAGGAAAACAGCGAGAGCGACCCGACUCCCAGCAAGCGGCUCACCCAGAAGCUUCUCUUGGAGACGGCACCUCAACGGGCAACUAACGGCAAGAGAUACCAGGACAGCCGUGAGUACAGACACGGGCCGUGGAGGGAGCCGUUCAACCCUUACUACGUCAACACCGGCUAUGCGAUGGCACCCGCCACCAGUGCCAAUGACAGCGAGCAGCAGAGCAUGUCCAGUGACGCAGACACCCUCUCCCUAACAGACAGCAGUGUAGACGGAGUCCCUCCCUAUAGAUACCGUAAACAGUCUCGACGUGAAAUGCACGAAAGUGCCAAAGCUAACGGGCGAGUGCCACUACCUCAUAUUCCUCGCACAAACCGGAUGCCAAAGGAUAUCCACGUGGAGCCAGAGAAGUUUGCGGCAGAACUAAUUAGCCGGCUAGAGGCGGUCCUGAGAGAGCGCGAGGCCCAGGAGAAACUAGAAGAGCGCCUCAAGAGGGUGCGGCUGGAGGAAGAAGGAGAUGAUGCGGAUGUGUCCACAGCGCCUUCUUUGGCUAGCCACAGGUUGCCCCCUGCUGUGCAUGUGCAGCACUACACGGCACGCUACUCAGACACGGCCUACAGUGGGUUGGGGCUGCGCGAUGCGCACGAGGAGAACCCCGAGAGCAUCCUGGACGAGCACGUACAGCGAGUCAUGAAGACGCCUGGCUGCCAGUCACCCAAGUCUCGGUCACCUGAUGGCCUUCCUGCCACCAAGAUUCCUGGGCAUAUUGCCCCGCUGCCCAGUGGCCAAGGAAAACACCAAGCAAGGCUGGGACCCAAGGGUGAGCUGGGACAUGUUUACCACCACAAACAUACACAUCACACACACCACGCUGAAGGAGAAGGCAUGAGGCCGUGGAACGUGGAGCAGCACCAUUAUGGCUCCAAGACGAGGAAUUACUCCGAUGGCACCAGCGCAGUGGAACCCAUUGGAUAUAGCAGUAAAGGCGCCACGCUGUCAAAACGGCCGUACAAGAAAGGCGAGGACAUGCGGAACUUUGAGAUGCGAGAAACUGCUCCAGAAGAGUUGGACCGAAACCAGAAGAUCCUGCAGUGGAUGAUGGAGGGAGAGAAGGAGGCAGGGCGCUACAAGAAGAGCCCCUAUGGGAGCCUCUCGGGCUCUAAGAAGGCGCAAGGUCACGAGUCGGGCAGGCCGAGCUCAGUAGAGCGGCCGGGGGCCGUGCACCCGUGGGUGAGUGCGCAGCUCCGCAACAACGUGCUGCCCUCACACCCCUUCAUCCAGGAUCCCACCAUGCCCCCGAACCCAGCACCUAACCCCCUUACACAGCUGGAAGAGGCCCGCAGACGACUUGAAGAGGAAAAGAAAAAGUCCGGAACCCUGCAGACCAAACAGAGACACAAAGGCAUGAAAAAGCAACAGUGUGAGAACAUUAUUGUGGCGUAUUACUUCUGUGGCGAGCCCAUCCCAUACAGAACCUCGGUCAAAGGAAGGAUCGUCACUCUGGGACAGUUCAAGGAGCUGCUUACCAAGAAAGGGAGUUAUAGGUAUUAUUUCAAGAAAGUGAGCGAUGAGUUUGACUGUGGUGUGGUGUUUGAGGAGAUACGUGAGGACGACGCUAUUCUUCCCAUCUUCGAGGAGAAGAUCAUCGGCAAAGUGGAGAAGAUCGACUGAAGAUGAGGGAGGAUGAGGAGGAGGAGGCGGCAGCGCAGAGAGAUAGCAUGGCCUUUUAGGAGGAUCUACUUAGCAGCCAGUAAGGGAAGGGAGCUUGGAGGAGGUGCUGAUAGAUGGUACUGAGUAUGUGUGGAGGGUGGGAGAGGGUUGAGGGGUGAGUGAAUGAGAGAGAGAGUAGGGGAGAGUGGAAGCACUGUGGGAUGUAUGCUAUUGACUCAAAGGCUUCUACCUCUGCAUUAGAGCCUUCUCUGGUUCCCCACAAGGGCCCUGUGCUAUUGGUCACCGUGGUAUGCAGCCUUUGGACUUCAGGACAAGGCAGCACACUCUCACCAUUUUGGUGUAUUUCUAACUUUGAAAUGUAAUGUAGCAGUGUAAAGUUUGGCUAGAAAAAAAAAAAAGACUUGCUAAGAAAUGUUUACUAAAGCUGCAUAUUUUUGAUACAACAUAUCAGAAGGAAGGUAUCCUUUCUAAUGUAACAUCCUCUUGUAAUUUUAUAUGUACCGGUACCAUGUGUACAGUCUGUUUAAAACAACAGAGAAAAAAAAAAAGGAAAAAAAAAAGGUUUUAUAACUAUUUAAAUAUUUAAAAGGAAUAAACCUAUUGGUAUGAUUUUAACGUUUUUGGCAGAUCCAGUUUGAGAUGAUCGUAGCUCACAAGGCCCUUUUCGCGCAGGUGGCUAGAUGAAAACCAGGAACCGUAGUCCACGCUCUGUUAAAUGCUUUUUUUUUUUUUUUCUUUCUUUAUUUUAAAAAAAAAAAAACUUUUCAACCCGAUCUUAAGCGUUCUCCACUCAGUGACACCAGGUCGUGCUGCACUUUCUCUGAGGGGAGUGGAUGGUAGCUUACUUAAAAGACGUCGUUGAACGAUCAUGCCUUUUCGUUGAGGGGUCAGGAGGCGGUGUCAGACCCAGGAUUUGUAUGUGAGCAAUUCAAUGGUCUAUUUAUCUACAGCUGCUUC